AAUACAGACACAGGACGAGCUACAAAGUCGACUCAACGGCGCAUGGCGAGGCGAGACGGUCAGUUGUUGUUGUUAUGGUUACCACUCGUCAACAUACGGGUUACGUGAACUGUUUUCUUCCUGCGUAAAUUGAAAAUACGAUAAACAGUUAUGGACUGGGCCGCGGAUCUGGAAAUCACGUCGAAGAAGCUUUUACCUCGUCUCGGCAGACGAUCAAUGCAAAACGUUGCACAGGAGGAUUCCAAGUCGGACGAUGACCUCUUGGAAAGCCCUAUAUCGAUAUCCUCUGGAAAAUCGGCACAACCACCCGUUGUACCUCCACGCACCAGGAAAACGGGAUGGGGAGACGAACUAAAAAGCGGGAGAAAAGGAAAGGACCUCUCAAAAUCACGAGGAACAUCGAACUUCAUCGAACAAUUAUUUCUUAGGGAACGUUUUCGAGGAACGGAGAAGGAUGAACCCGUAGAUGAUAUUCCAGUUAUACCGGAUUUAGACGAAAUACAAGAAGACAGUGCGUUAUCAGACAUCAAUACAACCACAGUCAACGUGAAUAGGGUUGCCGCGUACAAAGAGCUGGACACAGACUUGGUAAAAAACUCUGCAUUCACAUCUUUGAACGGAAUCAAUCUUUCCCUUCUUGCUGAGAAAUUGUACACCGAGAAUCUGACGAAAGAACCGGACGAAGUGUGGAAUUGGAACCUCCUCUUCACUCAAGUCUCUUCUGAAAUCAAUAGCGAGACACAGAAGAAGAUUCCUACGUAAAUCUCGCGCGUUAAUGAUAAGCUCAAGUUGAUGUAUUUAUUGGUUUUGUAAUAUGAAAAUAAAUUAAAUAUCAUUGUC